AUGACCAUGCGGGGAAGGCAGAUGACAACAGCGCCUACCGGCCGUGCCACAUGUCAAGGUCAUGCCAUCAGCGGCGAUCGCGCCAGAUCGAAAAAAGCCUGUACAACCUGCUCUCGAUCCAACCGAAGAUGCCAGAAGUACAGUCUCAGGCUGUCCUGGCCGCGUCCCAACGAUGGCCGGCGUGCUGUCGUCUCCGAGUCCGCUCUGCUGUCCCCAUCGCCUCCCACCGCGGGCCAGAUCUCCGAUGCACGGUUUGUCCACACGUCGCAUUGGGAUAUUGAGCUGUAUCACAGCAUGACAAGCUCUGUUCCGGCGCGUAACCUGUCUUUGCUCCGUGUCCCGGUUUUCUGGAACCCAUCUAAGCUGGAGGCUCUUGACCGAGACCUGUUAGAUUACUUUUGCUGUGUAGCGUCCAAGUCCCUUGCUACCUUUGGCCACGACACCACCGCCCUCGGGAACAUCCUGGUUCGCAUUGCCCUGCAGGAGGAGACGGCGACGGCUGCGGCGGUGCUCCAGGCGCUGCUGGCCUUUUCUUCGCUACAUCGCUACGGCUUACAGUCCCAAGCCCUGGAGCUGAAAAUCGCUGCGCUGGGAAGCUUGGCAAAAGCAUCAGCAGCGCCAAGUCUGGGCGCGAAAGCGACCAUGCAGCAUACUGCCACGGGGAUGCUGCUUUGUUCGUUUGAGGUCCACCAGUCGUCUUGCACUUCAGGCCAGUGGACGUUUUACCUCGGCGGUGUCAAGACGGUCCUCAACGCGUCCUCUAUAAAAACACUACGUCAGCUGGGCUCCGAUGUGGCCGUCUUGCUGGACUGGGUGCACUACCACGAGGUUCUCGCUCGUUUUUCCCUUCUACACUGGAAAAGAGAAGAGGCCCCGGAGCUCCGGUCGACUCCAACAGACCUCUUCUGUUCAGAGGUAUCCAAUUUACCGCCGCCUAUUUUCUCCAUGCUGAAUCUGCUGUCCCAAGUAUGCGAUACAGUAUCGAGCGGCGCAAUCCCGCCAGAAACCAGCGGCAACGUGGAUGAUUUUAAGAACUUCCUAGAAGUACUGGAUUGGAGAAUCAGGAGCCUACCGAUACGAAAAGUCCCAGAUGAUAAGGACCAUGUUUCGGAUGAUGCGACGUUGGUAAUGCAACUAUACCAGCUCGCUAUCCUGUUGUUUCUGAACCGAAGUUUCGAAGCCCUGAUCGACCAACCCAUGAGAACGCAACAGCACAUCGACAUAGCCUUCGCGAUCCUCCCCCGACUAAGUUCCUGUAAACAGCAAUUCCCCAUCCACGUCAUUGGCUGUGAGGCGCGAACGGAUGAGCAACGGGCCGUCGUCCUCGAUGUCAUCUCCAGGACAAAGAUGAGCUCGUCGCGAUCGUUGAAAUAUUGUAAGAGAAUAUUGCAGGCUGUCUGGGCCCAGUAUGACCUUGCGAAUGGGACUAACAUUGACUAUCACUAUAAGUUGACCGUGAUAAUAAGUCAUUGUCUAAUAGUUCCUAGUUUCAUAUAA